AUGGACAAUCUCCAGAAGAAAUCUACUACCCAGAUCGAUACCCCAACUCCUAAAUCCAAAUUCGAGGACUCUCCAGUGUUCAAUUACAUAAACAAUCUGUCUCCAAUUGAGCCGGUGAAGUCAAUCUCCACUACUCAGACGUUUAGCUCCCUGAGUUUCACUUCUCCUCCUCCUGUUUUCACCUCUCCUCACGCCAGUUUCCACAGAGAAUCCAGAUUCUUCAGAUGUCAUUACUCUGUUGAUCGUUCAAAGGCCUUAGAUUCUGGAUCUGUUUCUAAAGAAGAAGCUGAUGUAGAUCUGAACAAAGAUGCUUCUUUGGAAGAAGACGAACAAGAAACUACUGAUCAUCAUGGUGAUUCUCCUUGCAAUGGAGAUGUUGUCGCUGAAGUACUGGUAGCUCCGUCUGAUGAUUCCCCUGGAGGAGACGGUGGUUUGUCUUCUGAGGGCGUCAGGAAAGGUCUCCGGAAGAUGCUUGAUGCUCCGGAAGAGAGUGACACUCCUAACAGUGGACGUUUGAGCUCAGACUCAACUGAGCUGUUUGUGUUUCGAUCUCCUAACGAUUCAGAGGCCUUUGGAUGCCUUGUGGAUAAGAUAUCCAGCUCAGAGAGACGUUUCUGCGCUGGUGUCAGGCCAACGAAGCAGCCUGAUACCACCAAAGAUGUCCCAGUCAAUGGAUCCAGCAAUGAAUUGCCUUUGGCUUUGCUUCCCAAUGAGUCUGUCUCUACAUUGCAUCGUGGUACCAUGAGAAGACGGUGUCUAGACUUUGAGGUGCCAGGGAAGAGGAAGAAAGAUGUAGAGACUGUGUGUGACAAUAAGGCGGAAUCUUCGUCGAAAUGUGUUGUGCCCGGUAUAGGUCUCCAUCUAAACGCCAUUGCAAUGGCGGCAAGGGAGAGUAAGGUCAACGUCAUACAUGAGUAUUCAACAAGUUUCUCAGGCGGCUCUACCACUCCGAUUCACUCUCAAGAAGAUAGCAUGCGAGAAGCUUUGGACCAAGAAGAAAGUGAGCCUGGGGAAGUCCUAGCUAUAGAAGAUGCUUCCAAUGCAAUAGUGGUGUACGAAGAUUUGAAUCCGGGAAGCCUUAAGAAAAAGAAGCGUAUGGUUGAACAAGUUGGAGAGGGCGAGUCAUGUAAGCGAUGCAACUGCAAAAAGUCGAAGUGUUUGAAGCUGUACUGUGAAUGCUUUGCUGCUGGGGUUUAUUGCAUUGAACCAUGUUCAUGUGUUGAUUGCUUCAACAAACCUAUCCAUGAAGACGUCGUCUUGGCUACUCGUAAACAGAUUGAAUCUCGCAACCCGCUCGCAUUUGCUCCUAAAGUCAUCAGAAGCGCAGAUUCCAUCAUGGAUACUGGUGAUGAUGCAAGUAAAACUCCAGCUUCAGCGAGACACAAACGUGGCUGCAACUGCAAGAAAUCAAGCUGUCUGAAGAAAUACUGUGAAUGCUAUCAGGGUGGAGUUGGCUGUUCCAUAAACUGUAGAUGUGAAGGAUGUAAGAAUGCAUUCGGCAGAAAAGAUGGGUCUUUACUUGUUAUCAUGGAGAACAAACACACGGAGGAUCAUGAGAUAUAUGAGAAAAGAACAGCAAAAAUCCAAUACAACUCUGAGGUUCCAAAAGAAGUAGAGCAGAUCCCAAGUUCUGAUCAACCUUCAACACCCCUGCCACCGUACAGACAUUUGGUGGUUCAUCAGCCAUUUUUGUCUAAGAACAGGCUGCCUCCGACGCAGUUUUUCCUUGGCGCCGGUUCUUCUUCCUCGUUGAGAAAAGCAGACGGUGAUGAAUUCACGCAGUUAAGGAAUGAGAAGAAGAAGACUCUUGAAACCGUGGCUGAAGACAAAACAGAGGUUAUGCCUGAGCUUCUCAUCACUUCACCUAUAACCACCAUCAAGGCCAUCUCUCCCAACAGUAAGAGAGUCUCUCCUCCUCAUCCCGGCUCAUCGGAAUCAGGCUCAAUCCUAGGGAAGAGAAGUAAUGGCCGGAAGCUGAUCUUACGUUCUAUUCCAGCUUUUCCUUCUCUUAACCCAAAUCAGUGA